AUGAACAGGUCUGGAUGUGGAGCAGACGAUGAAAUAUGGAUCAGCGACGCAGGCGUGUUCUUACAUGUUCUGACGGCAAAUGACACGAGCUGCAGACGGCCUGAGGCUGUCAAGUACUGUCAGAUACAGUUUCGUACGGGGCUCCGGCGGCGCACAGGCACCAGCAGUGCCACUCCACAGGCAGCGCACUCUACGGCGACUAGUCGACUACUUCUGCCCCCUCGCCCGCUGCUCCCAUCCUCUUCCUCUUCCUCCUCUCUUCCUCCACAGGGUUUCGGCGCAACUCUGCCUCGACAUCGAGCGUUUUCGACCUCUAUCUUGGCCGCCACAGCCGGUUCUUGGUGUCCUGUCUCACGGCCGGCGCCAAACGGUGCGUAG